UGGUCGCAAGAUUUCCCGAUUUUUCGGACGAGUAAAAACAUUCCUUGCAACAACAAGAAAUGAAUUAAACUAUCUUUGUUCAGCUGUCCCCAGUAAGUAAAUAUUUCCUUAGAUAAUACAGGCUAAAAGGACAAGGCGUUUUUUACGGAAAAAAAACCACUCCUGUUUAGUUACCCUGGCCUUUUAACAACCUAAAGAAUGACCGUUUAGCAAUAAAAACCCAGAUAUGAUAUGCCUCCUAACAAAUGUUGCUAAAACUCAGGAUAUCCCGCUGGACGGUACAAUUUUCUCCGGUAAUACCGGCCAAAAGGACAGGGCCUCUUUUAUAAAUAAAAAUAUUCCUAUACAGUUAUCCUAAGCUUGUAGAAACCUACAGAAAUCAAGUUGUACAACACCGUUUAACAAUAAAAAAUCCAGAUAUGAUAUACCUCCUAACAAAUGUUUUCAAAACUCCGGAUAUCCCGUUGGACGGUACUAUUUUCUUUGGUAAUACCGGCCAAAGGGACAAGGCAACUUUUAUGAAUAAAAAUGUUCCCAUAGAGUUAUCCUAAGCUUGUAGAAACCCGCAGAAAUCCAGUCCUACAACACAGUUUAACAAUGAAAGCUAGAGGUGAUGUACAUGCCAACAAAUGUUGCUAUAAUUUAGGAUGUCCCUUUAUACGGUACUAUUUUCCUCGGUAAUACUGGCCAAAGGGACAAGACAAAUUAAUAAGACAUUUAUGAAAGGAUUGCUUACUAUACAGGACCAAGAAGACUUCAAAACUCACAAUAAACGUAAACUGCGUCAACAAUACCGUAAAUCACGCUUCUCUGGCGAUAAAACGGCUCCUUUGGCUCUCAGUUUUCACCACGCUUGAGCCGCCAUAUUGGAUGUUUUUGAGAAUUUUCGAAGGCGGCCCGAAUCGGAAACUCGUUCCUAGUACUCCUCGGCUGUCCUUUUGGACGGUAUGAUUUAGGCACAACCCCCUCGGUCGGUGUAUGGUCACGUGAUUACCAAAAUUGCUGGGAUGGGCAGAUUUCCUUAGUUAUGGGGCUCCGCACGUGGAGUUUUGCUAAAAAGACUACUACAAUGUGUAUUUCAACUUUUCGCUAUCAUUUCAGGGUUUCUGUCGCUGCCUUACUGUGGAAAUGAUAUAAAAGCUGUUCACUCUCGGCAUUUCAACAGGUAAGUGCUUUGAGUUUAUGGGAAUCCUAGUUCUUUCUGAACUGAUUUUUUCCGAAUUGGAAACUUUUGCAAAAUUCUUAGUUUGUUCUUAUCUCUACAGCUGAUGGUAGCACACUUUGGGAUUGCCAAGUAAACUUUAUUGAUCAUGAUUCAUUAUUUUUUUGCUUUCUUUUUUAAAGAGAAUGCAGUCCACAUUACUCCAAUCUGAAAUUGUCAACACGGACAACAGGAAUCCUGGUUUCUUCGGGAACUGAUUUUUUGUGGAAAUUCGACGGGGUGUAUAGGCGUUGAAACGUAUUUUGCGUAAACCGCUGACGCUCAAACCUAUUUUCCACAAUAAAUCAGUGGACAGAGAAACGUAGGGAUACUAAACUGAAAUUAUCAAUGCGGACAACGGGAAUCCUGGUUUCUUUGGGAACUGAUUUUUUGUGGAAAUUCGACGUGGUGUAUAGGCGUUGAACGUAUUUUGCGUAAACCGCUGACACUCAAACCGAUUUUACAUAAUAAAUCAGUGAACAGAGAAACGUGGGGAUACUAGACUAGAAUUAUCAAAGCGGACAGCGGGAAUCCUGGUUUCUUUGGGAACUGAUUUUUUGUGGAAAUUCGACGGGGUGUUUAGGCGUUUAAACGCAUUUUGCGUAAACCGCUGACACUCAAACCGAUUUUACACAAUAAAUCAGUGAACAGAGAAGUGUAGGGAUACUAAACUAAAAUUAUCAACGUGGACAACGGGAAUCCUAGUUUCUUUGGGAACUGAUUUUUUGUGGAAAUUCGAUGGGGUGUAUAGGCGUUGAAACGCAUUUUGCGUAAACCGCUGACACUCAAACCGAUUUUACACAAUAAAUCAGUGAACAGAGAAAUGUAGGGAUACUAAACUAAAAUUAUCAACGCGGACAACGGGAAUCGUGGUUUCUUUGGGAACUGAUUUUUUGCGGAAAUUCGACGGGGUGUAUAGGCGUUGAAACGUAUUUUAGGUAAACCGCUGACACCCAAACCGAUUUUCCACAAUAAAUCAGGGAACAGAGAAACGUAGGGAUACCACUCUAAUUCAUCGGGUACUUUUCAAAUUGGAAACUCGUACUGGAGAUGAAAAUAAAAUAACCAUAAGAUACCCCUCACACUGAGGUUCUUUCCAAAGCGAAAACUUAUUCUAACUUUUUAGUUGCUUUUUAUCUCUACAGGUAGGUAAUGGUUCAGUAAAUUUUCUUCUUAGAUUUGUAACGUUUUUCCUUCGUUGUCUCCAGUGUUGUUGUGUUAUAUUGUCCACAACACUGGGCUUUGUAGGCUUUGAAUUUUAUUCAGUCUUUCCAGGUCAAAGCAAGUAUGUACAUAAUUCAAGCUUAGAUGGAGAUUUGGAAUCCUGAAUCCUGACUGACCACAUAUGGCUGCUUUUGGUUGAACUGUUGUAUCUUCAAGUUUCAUAGUUUGGCUGGUACGAGUAUAUCACGUUAUGAAUUUCUUUUUAAUAUAUUACACACGUAGAAAGGUCUUUUAUAAUAUACAGUCGACUCCUGAUAACUCAAACCUUCAAGGGAAAUCGAAAAAGUUUCAAGUUAUCGGGAAAUGGAAAAAAAUAGCCGGAAGUAAGGAAAAAAAAAAACAGUUUUUACUGCAUAGUGAACAUUUUAAUUACACUUAAUUGUAGAAAUGUCAAGUGAAAAUCAAAAGAUACUUCUAGAUUAUAAAUCAGAACAUAACAUAACAAAACUUUGCUUAAAUAGAGCGUGCGUUUUACUGCUUUGAGAAGUAAAGCUGUUUCACGUUAGAUUUGUGGCAAACAACAUCAGCCUGCAAUAGUAAACUAUAUGCCUACAACCUGUCAAUGGGAAAUUCAAAAUUCAAUGUUUGGAACGCCAGUAGGCUGUUUUUUCCUGACUUUUAAAGGCUCAAAACAUGGUUCGAGUUAUCGAGGAUAAAAUUAUAUAGAAAUGAUCUGAGGGGAAACAAAAACUACUUCGAGUUAGCGGGAGGUUCGAGUUAUGGAGGGUUCGCGUUACUGAGGGUAAAAUUACAGUAAAUGUAUGACGGAAAUCCAGGGAAAAUCUAUUUUGAUUCGAGUUAACGCGAAGUUCGAGUUAUCGGUAGUCAACUGUAUACUAUCACGAUUUCCCUUAGCAAUGGCUGGCUUUCUAUAAGAAGCCAUAUGCCAUUAAGAUAUUUUUAGAGUUGAAGCAAAUCAAAGCCAAUGUUCUUUUGUGAUCGUUAUUUUAUCUGUAUAACCUCUCAUAUUGAGUCUUGUGAUCCUCUUAAAUGUCUGAGUGCACUCUUCCCUUGCCACAUUGGUGGGAGGCGAGCACUCUCACCACUGCGCCAUCCCUUGCUUCAAAUAUCUAGUUGAAAAUCUCAGCCUUGGGUUUAUUCUUAUGACAUUCUUAAAAUACGCAGAUUUCAGCCUCAUAUUUUUUCUAAAACGUAUUCUGGUAAAAAAGAAAGAGUAUAGUUUUAGGGCCUUACCUUUAAUAAGUUAUUUUUCAACCCCUAGCGGGGAAUUUGCAAAGAAAUGUUUGGUUUAGUGAUUUUUAGAUGUGACCGCACACAAAGGAUUGAUUCUAUUUUAAUCCUUUCUCCUUUGUUUUUCUCUCCUUGUUUUCUAACAGGUACGAGUGUUGGCAUUUUGAAUUUAUUGAUUGCCCUGCUCAUGAAGUCUACCUGUUAUAA